AUGGUCAGAGUCUUGACCGCGCCAGGUUCCAUCAUUGAAGCGGCUCAGUUAGCCGUGCCCCCUCGCUGUUUCCGUCUCUCAUCCGCCGCGCCGUUCCCUCCCUGUGCACGUUGCCCUCCUCGUCCCUUCUCUCUACACUCUCCGCCUCUCUGGCAAGUAAGGGGGGCACCGCGCUGGCUCCAAGCGCAGUCCUUCGGCGCUGAUGACAUGGGCAAUUGCUGUCAGUCCAAAACUUUGGAUUUGGAUCCACGGCAUCACCUCGGUCGCAGGACUCCGAGCGCCGUGAACGGAACCGUGGGACUCCAGGAGGUCGUCGUGCUGCUGAAUCGCACGAGGCUCUUCAGGCACCUGCCCCAUGAUCAGCGAAUUCACGUGGAGUUGGCAAAGGCGUGCGAGCACGAGAGGUUCAAGGCUGGGGACGUGAUCGUGAGGCAAGGGGACGCAGGCAAUUUCUUCAUCGCGAUAUUGGAAGGGAAGGUGAGCGUGACGGUGGACGGCAAGAAGGUUGCGACGUGGCGCGAUGGAGCGGACUUCGGGGAGCAGUCCCUCUUGCACGACGAGCCGCGGCAGGCGACUCUGCAGGCUGUCACUGAUGUCUCGGCCGUCAAAAUUACCCGUGACCAGUUUUGGAAGCUGGGGCUGAACCGCAAGUUGCAGUUCAAAGGCCGCAGGGCGAUCAGGGCUGCCGUAGCGACCACGUGCAACAGGGAACCCACUCCAAAGACCCCGAGCGAGAGGGAGCUGAUCGCCGAGGCGCUGUGGGCGAACGAGAACCUGCGGACGCUGGUGACCCUGGACACGGAACGUGUGCGGAAGAUGGUCGACGUGGCCUGGAAGGAGGUGGUCAAGCAAGGAGUCGACGUCAUGGUGGAGGGAGACCUCGCCGACUGCAUGUACGUUGUGCAGGCGGGUGCAUUCAUGAUGAAGAGCACCAAGACAGAUGACCUCGGUGCCCACACCAUCGCGCGCGAGGGUUCAGGGGCCUCCAUGAACGACAUCUUCCGUCAGCCGUCCACGGCCUCUUCCGAGCUCGUCCGCGAGAAUUCUGUGGUCUCGGUGGAUUCCGCAGACGCUGACACUGUCCAGUCCCCGCACGCACGGUUCAAUCACGUGCGUCGCAGUGAUCCGACGCCAAAGUCAAGGUUUUCGUCUGCCUCGGCUGUCGCAGGCCGCAGGCCGCGCUACGACCAGGUGAUCGCCACCGGCGGCAGCUUCGGGGAGCUUGCGCUGCUCUAUAGCACCCCGAGGUUUGCCACAGCGCGCGCUCUGGAGGAUUCUGUGCUGUGGGGAAUCGACCGGACGCAUUUCAGGGACAUACUUAUGGGAGUCCACGAGGAAGAGCUCCAGGGUCAUGUGGCGUGCCUCAGGCAGGUUGGGCCUCUCGGCACGUUGGAGGAAGACGAACUCAAGGAGCUCGCGAAGGCGUUGAACGUCAACACGUUUCAGAGGGGCGAGUUGAUCGUUGAGCAAGGCCUGCCGUCCACCGGUUUGCACAUCCUCAUCGAGGGGCAGGUGGCGGUGAUCGUCGACGGCAAGGAGACGUGCCGGUUGCGAGCUCAUCCCAGGCGGCACGUCGUCGCCUCGAGGGGUCGAGGCUGCGGUUCAGCCUUUGCGAGCUGGUGCUGUUCCAGUGCUGGUCAUGCGCCGCCUCUGCAGCAGACCUCUCAUGUUUUUGAGGAGCAGGCGCUCUUUGGAGGCCUCCCAUGCCGCGCGGACGUCAAGGUAGUGUCGUCAUCGGCUCGGAGCCUCUCGCUUCUUCGCGACAGUUUCGAGAUGCUUGUGGGUCCCCUGGACGACUUGCAGAGUGUCAGGACGGUGCGGCAAUUGCACCGCAUCUCGAUUCGAGCGGCCGUGCACCGCUAUUACACGUCCAAGCUGCUCAGCUCUGCACCCGAAAGGCAGGCGUAUCGCGAGAAGGUCACCUACAUGCGCGACCUCACCAAGGUCAGACCCCUCGGCAGUGGGCAGUUCGGGAACGUAGAGCUUUGGCAGCACCGUGAUGGCAGGAGAUUCGCGAUGAAGGUUUUGAGUAAGAGCCACUUGCGCAAGCUGGGCGCGGAGCAGAGUAUCGUCAACGAAAAGAAUUUGAUGCUGAUGACGAGCUCGCCUUUCCUGGUGAGGCUUUUUGAGACGUACAGCACGGCAACUGCCCUCUACUUGCUCCUCGAGUUCGCCGCUGGGGGGGAGCUGCACACAGUUUACAAUCGCAGGGGCUUCUACGGCAGUGAGAGACACGCGAAAUUCUACGCCGCAGGGGUGGUGCUAGCCUUCGAGCACCUCAUCUUCACAUCAUCCAUCGGGACCUGA